GGCCCCGCCUGUGCGUCUGGUAUCUGCAGCCCUCUGGAAAGUGAUGAAGCAGAGGGAUGUGAUGCAGUAUGGGGCUGUGGAGGAGUUUGUGACAUCGGCCUGUGAGACUGUCCCCGGGCUGCUCACUGUGAGACACCAGGGCAAGCUGGCACUGGGGCUGAGAGGGCGAUUUAUCUUGGAGCUGUGCCGCACACAACUGGAUAAAAAGGUGAUCGAGCCACACCUGGAAAGGAUCCGUACCCCUGCUGCCCUGUCAACCUCCUCUGCUCCUACGGGGAGGGAUGUAAAAAUCACAAGAACAGUCGAAAGUUUCCAUUCAUUGGUUCACACACUGCUAAGAGACCCGGCAGGGCGAGAACAAUUCUUCAAGGAGGAGUUUCCCGUGGAUUACGGUCCAAAGUUUGACCAGGAACUGGAGAAGCUGCUGUGGGAGUUCUUGAUCCGAGUGGACCAGUUGCUCCCGGUUCCCAACCUAGCUCAGACUGUGUCGUGGCUCAGUGAUGCCCCCCCUGUCCUGGAGGAGUGUGCGCGGGCAGCCACCCAGCCACAACUCCUUAAGAUACUGCUUCAGCAUCAAACCUGUCUGGGUCAUCUGGAGAGUGCAGCAUCCCUGCCUCCAAACUUGGGAGACUCCAUCCUGGCUUCACUUUCUCUGCCACCCUCUGGAAAAGUACCUUCAGAUCAACCAACAGGAGCCACAAAGUCCACUGUGGACCAGUCUGAUGUCACAAUGACAAGAGACAAACCACAAUUUGUUACACCCGUUAUCGGACUAAUAUCAAAUGAAGAUGUUCCCGUUAUGAUCAGGACAUCGAGAGACAAUGAGCCAGCCAGCUCAAAAGAUGCAACAGCCUCAGACCCAAAAGAUAAGUUGAAAUUCACUGUGAUUAAGAGACAAAAACCCAAAGAGGGUGAAGAAGACGUGGAGGAGGAGGGGAACGCCUUACAAAGAAAAAGUGGACUGAAACGCAAGCAGCCUGACAAACAGAGUGAAUCCGACGAGGAGGAGGAAGUGUUGCGCAUGAUCAGAACUGGGGAAUCGAGGAUAAGCGGGCAUUUGAGAAGAAGAGAUAACCAGAGGACAAAUGAGAGCAAAGAAGACAAAGCUGUCAGAGGCGAGGUGCAAAAAAGAGCAGCUCUAGAAACCUGCAUGUCCCAGCUGGGUGUCAAAGCACUGCACCUGCCUGAAGAUCCGUCCCUCCGCUCCAUUUUUGCAUCUUGUCUGAUCCGCCAACCCAGAGUUGUCAUUGACAAACUGUCAGUGACUCCUGCUAUCGCUAACAGGACUGAUAGAGGAGGUAAAUCCAUAAACGUGACCCGGCAGAAUCAGAGGAGGAACUUGCCCGUCAAAGCGCCAACAAAUCAACGUCGAAAGCCUGACUUGGAUUAUCCUGGCUUGGACGAUAAAGAAAAUCAUCCUGUCCCACCGGGUAUAAGUAUCUUUCCCUCUCAGCAGCGAAGUAACACAGAGACGUCAUCCCUUACAGGAGACAGUGAAGACUACGUAGCUGAUUCUGAGGAUGAAGCGACAAAGAACUUCAAAGGCAGGCUGUUCAUGAAGCGCUACUACAAGACCAAACACGGCACAUAUGUUCCCACUCUGAGGGAGUACUGGAAGCCCGGGUCGACACGGCGAGACUUAACGUCGGCUGGCAGCAAACGCAGAUGAUGACAUGAACUUUCACUGCCAGGUUUGGUGUUGGGAUGCCAGAAAAAUGUCAGAGGACUUUAACUGCGGUUCAGCUGGUUUUUCUCCACCAGCUGCAAUGGCAGGAAAGUUAAGAUUUGAAAUACACCAGCCACCGUGGCUGAUGGUCGUAUAUUUUUAUCCAUCUCUUGAUUUAUGAUUUCAGUGUAGCUGAAACAGAUUUUAACUUUGGCAUCAUGGAAAACAAGCCCUGAAAUGGCACUGUCAUACAAAGCACACUUUAUUUUAAAUUGUUUAUGUGCAGUUUGUUUUUAAGUAAAGACCAGACUAUAUCUGGGUUAUCUCUGUUACAAAUAAUUCACUUGUAUACAUAUUUUAAACCUGCUAUAUAUAGUAUCCUCAGUUAAGAAAUAAAAUUAAUUGCAGUCAUGUUUUGUAUGAGAAAAAAUUGUCACUUUGUUGUUUUUCAUUACAUUCACCUGCACUUACAUUCACUCAUGAGAUCAUAAUGGUAACCUUGUUUUUGGCUUAAUUAUGUUUGUAUUUACGCAUUUACUACAUCUCUCACUGACUGACAACCACUGAAAAUCUUCCCAUUUACAUAUAAAUGUGAGGUCAUCUUAUCACAUGUGCUGAGAGGAUGAAGUUAGUUGUCACAGCUAUCAGAGAAUAUAAAUCUUUAUUCACAGAAUAUCACAAAUAAUCACCGGGACACCUAAAAGAACCCAAAAUCUUCAGUAAUUGGUUACAAAAUUUUGAAUGCCUCAGAGAUUGGUGUAUUAUAGCUCUCACAUUAAAGGAACAGUUCACUGAAAAAUCAAAAAUACAUAUUUUUCCUCUUACCUGCAGUGCUGUUUAUUAACUUUGAUUGUUUUGCUGUGAGCUGCAGAGUGUUGGUAGAGAUGUGUCUUUACAGAAAUCAUGACCUGGUUACUCACAGACCUUGUUGUG